AUUGGCUGAAGAGUAACAGUCAACCCAUUGCUUUAAUUGCUGUCGGGCGUGGCCCGAUCGCGGUGGGGGAAAUUCGCGAUCUGCUGAGCUUAAAGAGCUGAGAUGGUCUUUGCAAUUGAUCAGGACGUGGGCAGUGUUUGGAGUUUGACCCUUGAAGGGCUGGACGGGAUAGUCAUUGCCUUUUCUACCCAGAUCCCGUGAUUGUCACAAGGCGAGAGCCUUGUCCUGAAACCCUAGUAGCGUACACACUCUAUCUUGUUACCCCGGACCCUGAGAGGAGACUCAGCUCCAACAACAUGCCUGAAGCUCUCAUCACUUCCAGGUCAAUCCAGAACUUGCACACAGGAAUAGACCUGGCAGUCCCAGAGUACCAGGAAAUCCAUGGCAAGCUGAUGUCAGGCCAUGUGGAGUAUCAAAUUGUCGUUGUCACUCAGCUAGCCUCCUUCAAGUCUGCAAAGCACAAGGCUAAAGAUGUUGUUCAGUUAGUGGUACCCAAGAAGUACAGUGAGAUUGAUGAUUUGUAUCAAAAGCUGAGCAACCAGUAUCCGAAUGCAAAACUGCCCCCCAUGCCUCGAAAGGUUUUAUUUGUAGGGGAGGCUGAUAUCAGGGAAAGAAGAGUCAUUUUUGAUGAAAUCUUCAGAUUCAUUGCUAAGGACGCAACUCUUGCAUCAAGUCCUGAAUUGUUGGAUUUCCUAGGAGCAAAAACGAAAGACCUUGGUGACUUGAAAUUUAAAACUAGAAAUUCUACAGAUGAGGAAUUGCAAGAAGAUGGAGAUGAUUCUGGAGAUUUCUUCAACCAAGAGACCUCUGAAGAUGUUGGAGUGCCGAGAUCAUUUAAAUCUCUUCUUCCUACUGAAGAGAAGAUUGAAGAAAUUUCUGAUCCCCUGGGAGUUACUAGCUACAUUUUGAAGAAUACAGAGGCUUCAAACCAGGAAGCUAAACCAAAGCUCUCACUUUUUGAUGAGGAAGUAGAUGCUGACGCUAGUCUUUUCGAGCUGGUGAAAAAUUUCACCACCCCAGCCAUGAAGAAAUCCUUUUUGAAUGAUGCUGCUUUCAGAUUAUUUGAGGAUCCAGACUUGGGUGGAACUGUCCAAGCUAAUGACCCUUUAUUACUUCCAGCUGCUUUUGAUCUCCAAGCUGGUGCUGCAAAUGUAAACUUUGAUGAAAGCACCGAAGAAUUAUUCAGGGUUGAAGAUGACUUGGAUAAGUUAUUGAAGCUAAGUUCCAGCAACAAAACCAAGCCAGGUGUACCACCCAAGCCAAGUGUACCUAAAAAGACAGAGUCCUCACCUGAGAUAAGGAACAAUCCUGCAGCAGAACACAGUUCCUUUAAAAGCAAGGCAGCUGACAUGGAUGAACUGGAUAUUCUGAAGUACAUUCAAGAGAAUGAGAAAUUGAGUAGUGACACACUCGAUCUCUUUUGAACAGGCUGUCCAGCAGUAUCUCGCAACUGCAUUAAGUAUUAACCCUCUAUGACCUACCAGCAAAACAUCAUAAGCUCCAAAUGCACUAAAACAAUCUUCAGCAAUAUUCAGUUUUACCCAUGGAUGGAAGAGGCUUAAAUAAAAUUGCUACUUUUAUGUUUCUGAGGCAAAGAAAAGGUUUUAAAAUCGCUGAAGUUUCUGAAUUAGAAAAUAAGGGUUCCUGCUCAUAGUUCAGAGAUGGGAUCAUAAAAUUAUAAGCAAGAGAGCUACAAUUUGUUUGUUUUCCCCCAUCGAAGGUCGUGAUAGCCAGGUAAAUGCAUUGGCUGGGUGACCAUGUAAAUAGACAAUAUAUAUGCAGCAAGAAUAUAAGAGAAGGUUCUACAAUCUUGUAAGUCUCAAAGAAGUGAUGCCUUUAUUUGUUUUUAAAAGAAAGAAAUAAAGAAAUUUCUGAUGGCAUAUAGCCUUACAAAUUAAGACCUUUUUUGGAAAUUCAAAAAGAAAAAUAUCCAUGUGUCUUGGCAUUAUUAUCAGUUCUAAAUGUCAGUUUGCAGUAUCCAUUAACAUUUGGGUAUUGAACUCUCCCAUCUACAAUUGUUUAUGUCAAGGUCAGAAAUGAAUGUACAUAUCUAUCUGUUGGAGAGAGGCUGUGGCUCAGUUAUUACUUUGAUCUUCAGACCCCAGCCUGUACUUUCAGUUCAACAAAUGAUGUUGUGCAGGAGGUAGGAGCCAUAUUAAAAUAUAGGAGCAGCAUUAGAAAUGAAAAUAGGCUGGGACUGGAGAAAGCUUGCGUCUGGAUCAAAUAGAAGUAUCCCUGUUCCUCUCCAGCAAUAUUUAUUAUAAUGUAGCUUUCUCUCCGGCUUAAUUAAAACUGUAGAGAAAUUCAUCCACAUGUAUGAGGUAAUAUAAAGUAUAGAUAUAUAUAAUAUGUGGCAGUAGCAGUUUUUCUAUUCCACUUAACUGCUAAAUAUACAGUGUUUUUUGCGAGAGGUUUUGUACGUAAUGAACUUUGAAUUAAAAAUUGCAUUAGAAUGUGUGGGUUAACUUGUUCAACAUACCAAUGGAGUAUAAUAAAGUAUCUUGUACGAGUCAAUGUAAAUAGGAGGAUUACAUGUUUCCCGUUGGUUUUGCAAACUUGGGUGGAACAGGUUCUGGUUUCGUUACGAGCCUAUGAUGAGUCACCGGAUCUCAGCGAGAUGGAAGAAAGGGCAUCGCACUGGUUUUUGCCACCUGAAGUCGGGGGAACUUGGGCAGAUGUUUAAUUCUGAAUGAUCCUGCACUUGCUUGCAACCCCUACCCUUCCCCUCACCCCCUGCUCCCUCCACGAAGACACAAAACCAAUGUCACCAAUGCAACUCUUGCACUGUUUCUCCCAAGGUGUAUGACAAUAUCAUACGCACGGAUGUAAAGUGAAGGGGUGACUGGAAUUGUAACUGAGUAGAGAUUCCAGUUUCAUAUGAAGUGAAAAUAUGAUACAGAUGAAAAAGCCUUCUUUCAAUGUUUUCAUGAUGUUCUUAAAAGGCAGAUUGGUUUCCAAAUUCUUGAAUAUGAUUUAAAUGUUGUUUUAUGUGAAGGAUAUUCACUUAGUCAUUGUGGUAUAAGAACAUGAAGGUGAACUUGAGUGCUAAUUCCUCAUCCAAAUGUAUUGGAGGAUGGUUUAUUUUUCUUUUUUUAAAAAAAAUGACGUGCUAUCCAGGCUAUUGUUUUCAAAACUACUGAAUUCAACAAUCAAAAGUAACUUAACCAGUGCCUACUUGCCCACAGGGUGACAAAUGUAGUGAGAAAAACUGUAGUCACACUUGUCUUAUGUGGUCCUUUAUCCAUAAGCUCAAUAACAGGCAAUGGGCUGUGAAUCCACAUUUGUCACACCUUACCCAGAGCCAAGCCUUGUGUGAAUGUAGACGGGGAGUAUAGAAAGGCUUUCUAAAUCAGUGUAUCCUGCCGAUUUAUCUGCCAGCCAAAACAGGAGGUGGGUUGAGAAUUAACUGACAGCUGCCUGUGGAUAGAGGCAGAGAAACUAAAGCUCCUUUUAUAUUGCAUCAGUGUCAGAAAGAUAGCUGCAGUAAGACGGCCAGUUUUGUCAAGGUGGGCAGCUCAAAGUGCUUUGCUUUGAUAAGUGCCAUUUUCCAGUAACCUUCCAGUCUUAACAUAUCUAUUGCCCACAUGAUUAGAGCAAAUGCUCAUGUUUCUUUAGGUUAUCAACUGUCAGAAAAAUUUGACUGGAGUUUGAUUCAUGUAAAAUUAAACAGUUGUCUUCCAGUUGGAUGAUGUGUGAUAGGUACUGCUGACCCUGUGUUGAUGUUGUUAGUUCCACUGCAACACCUGACAAUUGUGGUGAAUGUCGCUGAAAAUCCAAUACAUUUUUGUAAAAUUAAAUUUUGCAUCACCUUCAGACUAACAACUAUACUCUGUCCUGAUGAAAUAUUCAUUUUGAAUAUGCAAUGCUAUAAGAAAAGGGUAAAAAUAAUGAAGCAUUUUGAUUAUUGUCAGCAUUGACUUUUUAAUUAGGGCUAUAAGAAAUCUAAAUUGAGACAAAACUGUCAAAAGCCCUCUGGACUUCUUGAUUUGUUACUAACUGUAUGUUGAACAUGUACAAAUUUGGGAAGGGUACUCUGCUUAAACUGGUAUAAUUAUAUAUAAUCCAUAGGGAAAAUUUAAUGAGUAACUGAUUAGAGAUUUCCUUUGUGCAAGCAUUUCUGAAGCUAUUCUCUGAUCUGUUUCUUUCUCCCCUCGAUGUAAUGUACUGCCUGGACUGAACUAAGUUUUCCUGUGUGUAUAACUUAUUUUCUGUGGACAGUACUUUAGGGCAACUAAAGUGCUUCUAAACCUAGCAAGAUGUAUUUUAAUAAAA